GUGUCCUCAAUAAUCAUCACGGUGUCAACACAUUCCGCCCUAACAUGAGACUUUUCCGUAACUUCCCCUGUAUACUGCUGCUGGUGACGAGCUGUGUGGACGACAACACAGCAGGAACUAUUGUCGACGCACCUCUUGUCUCUACAGCAGCAGGACACGUCGACAACCAACCUGUGGACGUUGGCGACACACAGAUGACCGCGAGUUAUAACACUACCCCAAGUGAUGUGAUGUGUCCCAACUCGGCGGCCAUCUUCCCUUGUUUCUGCACCGUCGACUAUAAUCAUAACAUCAUGGACCUGGACUGUAGCGAGGUGAGGAGCGAGGAGGAGCUGUCCGCGAUCAUGAGGACCUACUUCCCCUCCCCAAACUUCCACAAACUGAUUAUAAACAAUAAUAAUAAUGUGAGGGUGUUAAGGGCUGAGACGCUGGCCAACAUCACCUUCCAGCAGUUCUGGAUAGUUAACGGUCUACUGGAAGUGGUGAAAGAUGGCGCUCUGUCUGCCAGCUACUCCACAGUCACUAGUAUGUGGUUUGAUAAUAACAGAAUUGAUCAUUUCUGUUGGAAGGAAAUAUCGUCAUUUACAAACCUCCAGAUGCUGUCCUUCAAGAGCAACAGAAUAACAAACUUUCCAGUUAUAUCAUCGGGCAGCCUCAGGUACCUCAACCUGGGCCACAAUCCUCUGGAGCUGGUGCCUCUCCCAGCCCUCAGCGACACGCCAGCACUGGAGGAGGUAUACUUCGACGGCACUGGACUACAAGAUAUAAUCCCAGGCACCUUCUUCGGCCUCCCCGAACUCUGGAUGGUUGUUCUUGAAGACAAUCAUCUGACUGAGGUGCCCGAGGGAGCUGUGUGGUUCAACAGCAGCUCACCACACGGAGUUUAUCUACGGUUCAACAACAUCACCAGAGUGGACGUCUACGCCUUCUCAGGUUUCUUCUCUGGUGACACCAUUGACUUGUCUUACAACCAACUGGCGGAGGUGGAGGAGGAGGUGUGGCGGCCGCUGCUCCUCAACGGUGUGAGACUCAAGCUGAGGGAUAACCCUCUCACGUGUGGCUGUGACAUCGCCUGGGUCGUAUUGAACAACAACUUCCUCUCCCACAUUGAUGACCGGACGACCUGCUCUGACGGGGAACCUCUGGUGGACCUCGACCCCACCUGGUACGAAGAGAUGUGUUAAGCGGGUCUUGGGUCAGUGGUGGAUGGGUCCCCUGGCUUGGUUGCUGACGUGAUCGUCGAGGUGAUCAUCUUUCGACGUGAGUUUAAGUUCCGGUGUCUGCUGUCCUGCUGACGACUCACACUUCAGAGUUCCUCCGAUGCCAUAGUCCUCACCUAAGGUAGGAACCCCGCGAUGUCACACUAGAUGGUGAGUUGUUCCUCGUAUCAAGUUAAUACAAUACUCACAUCCUCUCAACAAGACUUGUAUCUCCGUCCUCUUGUGAAAAUUAGUGUAAGCAUGAGAGGCCGCAGGACCUCAGUGAAGGACCAUCAGGUGGACGCUACAUCGUCAGAAGAUGAAUCAGCGAGUACUUUAACAGCCAGGUGGUGUUGCUGUGGUUCAGCCUCACCUCUCUAACUUAGUUUACAUUUUAUUAUUUGUAUUAAAAGACAA